AUGGCGCUGUCAGAGGGCUUGCUGGGCAAAGCUGCGCCAGGCGCAUUAGGCUCUUCACACCAGACUCGUCGAUGGGCGCUGGGUGGGGUUUUGCUGCUGGUCGGCGCAAUUUUAUCCCUGGCCUCGCGACCGGAUGCUGCGAUGCGGCAAACGCUAGGGCCAUCCCAGGCAGAGGAGCCGGUGGUUUUUGUGGAUGGGCAGAGAUACACUGCCGUGCAGUACUUGGGUUUCAAUUUGUUCACAGCUCCUGGCACCGAAGCGGACGGCUGCUUCAACAAGGGCGAGGAUCUCGAUGCAUGCUAUCUGGGUAGCGACAAAGUGGCCAGGGAUGUCAGGCACCGUCUCGCCAUCAUGGCCGAAGCUCUGGAACGUGCGCACGCCUCCGAGAAUUGGGAUCGAAGUCCUGGGACCCUGAAAGUCUUCCUGGCGCCCGAGUUCUAUUGGCGUGGGGCAAAAGGUGCCUACCGCAUUUCAACAAAAUUCAUCAAUGUCUCGUGGCCUGUGAUCAAGGAGAUAGCCGGGCAGCUGAGCCACGUCCGCUUCAAGCACUGGGUCUUUGUGCCAGGGACCGUUGUCGCAGCACAACUUGCUGAUCAGCGCUACGUGAACAUGUCCGGUCGAACAUAUGAGAACAUUAGCUAUUACAAUUUUGCUCCCAUCCACAUCGGCGGCACGGACCGGAAGUUCUUAAAGUUCAAGCAUUUCAUCAGUAGCAUCGACUUUUUGCAGACUGAGCCUAACAGCGCCUCAAGACAGAUCGCCGCACCGCCCGGAAGUGCAGAGGAGUUCUGCAAGAAACACCCGGAGUCCAACGGCUGCGUGUAUGGGCAGCUGCCUCGCAAGCUCCUGGACGAAUUCGGGUACGAUGACUUCACGGAGCUGCGCGGCGGUGUGAUCAACAUGGGCGGCAUCCGAGUUGGCUUCGAAAUCUGCCUGGACCACGCCAUGGGCACGCUGUGCAACCAUGACCUGUCUGAUGAUCAGACAGUGGAUGUGCAGACCAUCGUCUCCGCUGGCAUGAACAUCGCCUCUGGGCCCGUGUGCACCAAGAGGAACAGCCCUGCCUUCCUGGCGGACGGCUUCGCGCGCACGGAGAUGUCUUUGAACCGGUAUGGUCAGGGCCGUGUGAGUGCUGACAUCGGAGGCCACAGCCGGCGCUACAAUGUUGGCAUCACAUACGGAGCAGAUGCCAUGGUUGCAAUGCAGCAGUGGAUAGCAGACACGAUCUAUGAUCUGACUGGCACCGGCUUUGGCACUCGUUUUGCUGGGCUAAGCACGUUGCCUGGAGGUAGCGCGGGCGCUGGAGAGACUGGCAUCAAGUUCUCCCAGAUUCCGGCUUUGGGCGGGGACUGGAGGGCCAAGCUCAAUGGAUACUAUGACGUCGCCAGCUACGACGAGGCAGCUCGGGCCCAAAUGGCGUUGAGCCGGGACAUGCAUCAGCUGGAGAAAGCUGAGCAGGGGGCUAUUGCCUCAAAGAUCCCCGAGCCCAUGCUGUUUCCGACACUGGACUUUUAUGGGCCCCUGGAACUGCCAAACAGCAGCUAA